AUGUUCCCGUGCCCGGUGUGUCUACACCGGUACACACGACUCGCUUACCUCAAGCGCCACGUGUGUCGUGGGACCCCGGCGCAGGUGUGCCCUCGGUGCGGCGGGCCUGUGGUAGCAGCUGGAGCAGCGGCGCUCGCGGUCCACCAGCGCACCCAGGGGUGCGCGCGCUGGGCCCAGGAGGGCUACGACAAGGACCGCGAGCAGCGCCGCCGCCAUGCAGAUGAUAGGCGUGGGGGCUCUGCUUGUGGUGAUAGGGGUCUACCAGCUCAUGAACGUGUUGUUGCCGCCCGCUGUGUCGCGCCCGCGCCGCCGCAACCUGCGGCUACGCCCGGCGUGUCCGAUAUGUCUGGUGGCCGUGCCGCGGGCGGCCGGGUACAUCAGCCUGACCCUGCAUGGGACGGCUGCCAGCUGCCCGUCGCCCGCGACGAGCGCGUCACCGGCCGCAGCAUUCCAUCUGGAAUGUGUGAUGAGAUUGUGCGACGACAGGACGCCUCCUCAAAAUGA